UGCUCCAUAAACAAUACGCAAACCGCAUAGAUACCAAGAAUGUGUGUGGUUAAUUGGAGUGGAAUUUCUGCAGAUGUCGACCAAGAUUAACUUGAUUUCUGAGCGUUUCUUGGAUUAUUGACGGAAUGAAAUAAUUGAAAUUCCUUAAAAGAAGUAACCAGAUAAUUACGUCAUUUGGUGAAGAAUGGUCAUUUUCUAGCUGGUUUUAACACCAGACGUCAGCUGCAUGUAAUGAUUAACAAUGGAGGAAAAUGGUGAGGAGAGAACCAUGACUCCGAGCAUCCCAGAAUCUAACGAUGAUGCAACCAAUGAGAUUAGUCAGCCUGGAGAACCUCAGACAGAGGAGGAGUUAGAACGACUGAUAGACAAGGAGCUGGAAGAUGUGGGGAAAGAUGAGUCCGAGUCACCUGACGAGAAGGAGAAGAGACUUGAUGCCCAGCAGAGGGAGAUUGAUGAAGAGCUUAGAAAACUCAGAGAGGAACUAGAGAUGGACUCUACGUCUCCAGAUGACAUGGGUCCAGAGUAUGACAUCGCUGCACGUGUCAAGCAACUCAAUGAGGAGUUGGCCAAAGAGGGUCCCAUCCAGGAAAAGAAAAACAGGAAAGUUAACUUCCCGGAGAAUGUCAUUAGCAUGGCUGUUCCACCUGAAGAAUAUCCAGAGGAGAAGAAAGAUUGUGAGGGAGAGAAAGAAGGGGAGAGCAAAGCGGAUGGACAAUCAGUGCCUGUGAAUGAUGAUGGUUCGGAUACACCCCAAGCAGUACGGGAAGGUUGGGGUACUCCAGAAAAUGGGACGAACAGAGAUGCAGUUGCUGAACAAAAGCAGGAAAAUGCUGAAGCGGAGAAGCAUAUUGGUAGCAGUAGUGGACAAGAGGACAUUGAGUUGGUGUCUCCCAGUCCUUCAGAAUCUCUCCCAAAUAGGACUGAGGGUGAUUCUGGAAAGCCAAGUGAUACAAACACUGGUGUUACUGAACAAAGUAAGGUUAUUGAUCCUCCGGUUGCUCAACAUCCAGUUGUUAACAGGCAUGAGAGCUUAGAGGAUGGUGCCACUCCCCAGGACAAUCAGAAGGACACUCUGCCAUAUGAUGCACCUGAUGGGACUGUCAAUAGUUCUGAUAGCGGUGGUGUUCAUGUGAGCAGCAGCAGUGAUCCAAAUGAUUUGGAGGUGGAGAGAUUGACUUUUAGGCCUCAAGUACAGAACAAUAGACUGGUAGGCCAAAACAACAGGCAGGGAGAGGAGAUGAACGCAACAAAGGGAGAAGGGGAAGAAGAAUUUGUGCUUGUGGAGCGUGGUGGGAAGUUCUAUCAUGUGCACGUCAAUGACCUCAGUCCAGAGGAAAGACAAUUUCUUGGGUUACAGGAGAGUCCUAGGCAAUCAGACAGUAAUUCUCAACUACCAGCGGUGCAGCCCAGGCCCCCUCAGAAACCACGCCCCGCAACAGCUACUGGAGGUGGGGCUAGGGUCGGAAACCAGAAGCCAUCACCCCGACGAGCCAUGUCGGCUAAAACUCAGAAGGAGUACGAUCGACAAGAUCGUCACGGGGCGAUCUACGAGGAGCCUUUUGGGAAUGCCCGUUCCAGGUAUGGCAUGACGCCGGAGCAGAAGGAGUUCAGACGAGAGCAGGCUCGCCUUAAGAUGCAGAGGAUGAGGGAGGAGAAGGAAAGAGAAGAACAGGAGAAAAGGGAGAAAGAAGAGUUGUCAGAAUCAAUCUUCAAGGCUUGGGUGGAGAAGAAGAAGGAGGAGAUCGCUCAACAGAAGAAGGAAGAGAGGGACAGAAAAAGGGCAGAACUUGAAAACAAGGAGGAGAGGUUUCCAGAGGAGGCAUUCAAAGCUUGGCUUGAGAGGAAAAAGAACCAGAAAAGAGCAGAAUCUAACGUCAAACAGCAGUUAUCAGAGGAACAGAAGCAGGCCUAUUUCAUGCGCAGCAGAGAAGAUUGUGAGAGGGCUUUCAGGGAAUGGAAGAAGUCCAAGAAUGCUAGUCUUCGAGAGGCCCGGUCCAUGAGCCGUGCUGAGGCCCUGGAAACAAAGAAGAGGGCCCGCCAAUCUCGCAAGUCACGAAACUUGGCCAAGGCACUUGAGGUGGCACAGAACUACCGUUACACCGAGUACUAUGGCUACAGGUUUUAGAAAGCACAAGACUAUAUACGCCGAUACUAUGGCGACUGGUGUUGAAUUGCAAAGGAUUGUACACUAAAUACUUUGGGUACUGGUUUGAGAUAACUCCAGGCUACCAUUACAGAGAUUACCAUAGCUACAUGUGUUAUCAGAUAGCACAGGACUAUACACAAAGUACUGUGGCGAUGUGGCUUAGAUGUCACAGGAAUACACACCUUGUGCUGUGGUGACCAGGGGUGGUAUUCUGAGAUCCAUUUUAUCUCAGAUAAAAUAAAAUAUUUUAUCUCCGUUAAAAUCAGUGAGAUAAAAUACCCUUAAAA